AGUGAAAAAAUUUGGAAAAAUAUUUUAUCGUAAAGCAUGAAGAUCAAUGAAAAAAUGGCAACUCCGAUAGAGGAAAAAGUUGAUCAAAAUUUAAAGAUCCGAACAGGGAUGGUAAAUGUCAGCGAUGGCAAAUGUAAACCAGAACCCCUUAGACUGAAUUUGACCAUGGAAUUAGUGACGUUACAGAGAUUAGAAAUUGUCACACCUACAAAUGCACAAAAUGGCCCACCCAGUGAAUCAAAAGAACGCAUGGUACAAAUCACGCGUCAAAAACAAGGCGGCCUUGGCUUGAGCAUAAAGGGCGGUGCCGAGCACAAGCUACCCAUAUUAAUCUCACGCAUUUAUAAGGAUCAGGCCGCCGACAUAACUGGUCAAUUGUUUGUGGGUGAUGCCAUAAUUAAAGUUAAUGGUGAAUAUAUAACCGCCUGCCCCCAUGAUGAUGCUGUGAAUAUCCUCCGCAAUGCCGGCGAUAUUGUUGUUUUAACCGUAAAACAUUAUCGUGCCGCAACACCAUUUCUACAAAAACAAUUGGCAAAAGAUACACCUGACUCAGAUAACGAUACAACAUGUGCUGAAUUAAAGGCUGACGAAGGAUACAAAUCCUCAGUGAAUAAUGGUACCAUUAGUCGUAGUUGUAGCAGACCAAUGUCAAUUUGUUCGGAACCCGAAAAGAAAUGGGUGGACGUUGUGGCAGUUCCCCUUAUGAUGGCGUACGUAACGCGUUACAUUUACGGCACCGAUAAAUUACGACCCAACGCCUUUGAAGUGCGUGGCAUAAAUGGCACAUCGACGGGCAUAAUACACUGUGAUGAUUUGGCCAUUUUAAGCCAAUGGCUGAAAUUGAUUAACGACAACGUUGUCGGCCUGACACAUUUACAG